AUGGCCAUUGCCGUGGGCCAUCAUACACAAUGUUUUUCCUUUCCAACAACGAAAAAAAACACGACUUGGACACCGUCUGCAUUGGAGACUCCUGUCAAUGAGAAGGGCUGCAAUGCUGCCACAGGAAGCUGCGACUUUUUUGCUGCGUCUCACACUCUAAAUGCCAUUGAGUCAAUAUAUCUCGUUUCGGGCUAUUCCAGCGAGUUAGGAUACAACAGUAUCGCGAAAAUCAUCGCGGUCAGCAUCUAUUCGGAGGAUGAAGAAUCCGAUUCUGAGGAUUAUAGCACAAGUAGUCAGGAUAAUGAGUUGAAAAGAUAG